GCCGCCGCGCCAUGAGCCAGUUCAGCUUCGGGGCGGCCGCGCCCGGCGGCGCCUUCAGCCUGGGCGCGCCCCGAGCCGCCCCCGCCGCCACCACGGCCACCAGCGGCUUCUCCUUCUCCGCGCCGGCGCCCGCCCCCGCCUCCACCGGCUUCAGCUUCGGCGGCGCGGCGCCGGCGGCGGGCGGCAGCCAGCCCGCCGGGCUCUUCUCCUUCAACAGGCCGGGCACGGCCGCGCAGCCCUCCGGCUUCAGCUUCGGCUCGGCCAGCGCGGCCCCCGCCGCCCCGGCAGCCGCCGCCUUCCCGCUGGGGGCAAACACUCCCAAAGUGACCUUUGGAGCCAGCACUGCCACUCCAGCUCCUGGAAUCACGGGGGGCUUUUCUUUUGGCACCCCUGUGGCAACCAGCACACCCUCGAGUCAGGCAGCAGCCUCGUCUGGCUUUGCCUUUGGCUCUGCUGCCAGCAGCAGCAGCAGCACGGCUCCCUCUGGGACAACAGGAGGCUUCACCUUCUCCAGUGGCAGCACGGCUCAGGCGGGCACAGGCGGGUUCAGCAUCGGCACCGCGGCUCCGCAGGCCACGUCGGCAGGGCUGAGCUUUGGCACGGCCCCCGCGGCUGCUGCCACCACCAGCACGGCCACCCUGGCAGCUGCCACCCCGGCAGCAGCGCCCUUCAGCCUCGGGGGACAGCCCACAG